GAUGGAUUCUAAAGAGCCUCAUGUGAACUUUAACCUCUCGUUGCAAAAAGAGGACUCAACCAAAUUCUAUAAGUCUUUCAAAACCUCCUUCGACACAUUCUCCCCCGAACACUAUGCCUCCAAAAUAAAAACAUUCAAGUAAUCCCUACUUCCACAAUAAACCAUCCCUACUCUAGCUGCAAAGACAACCUUGAGGACUUCAUCAUCAACAAAGGAAGCAAGAUUCCCCUUUUUGGGUAUCCAGAGCUCAACUUUGAUAAUGACCCUAGGGAAGAAAACAGAACGGGAAAGCUAUGGCAAGUGCUGACAAAUUGCAUUAUUAGUAAGAACUCCAACAGAUGACUCGUAAGAGAUUUGAUUGAUAGUGUCAAAAUGCAUGAAAAUUUGCAUGAUGAGUUUUAUGGGUUUAAGAUGCAUAAUGAAAGAAUGAGGCUCCUCUCAUCAGUUUAUGAUGGUGAGACAGAAAAUCUAAGGAGAAAAAAGAAAAGAAAAUAUAUUUUUUCAACUAAGAAAGUUGUAAAAGUCGGAAAAGAAAAGAAUAAAUUAUCUGGAGAAGUAGAAGAAUCAUAUGUGUCAACACCGAGACAUAUGAACAUUUUGAACAAUAGCCAUGGAUAUUCAACAAGAAAAAGUUCGAAAAAUAAAGCAACAUUUUCAAAGAUUUUAAACAUAAAAAGAUUAAGUACCAGCAAAAAUUCGAGAAUUAAGAACCAAGUUUCGGAAAAGGCCAUAAAGACAAAAAUGCCAACCAAGAAAAAUAGGCACAGUAUAAAGAUCAGGAGCAGCUAUAGCAAGGACAAAAUCAGCCUAAAAAAUCCCUCAAUCUCUCCUAAAAAUCCAAAAACUCCAAAUAAGUCCAAAAGACGGCCUAAAACUGCUAAAAGAAGAGCAACUUUGGCUACUGAUCGAAAGCACAAGAGUGCUAAAAGAUUGCUGCUUUCUACCAAAAGGGAGCCUGAGGAGAAAAAACUAAAACCCUUCUGCAAGGUUAAGGCUGAGAAGUACUUGAUUGAUGAUUUAAUCCACUUGGCAGAUACACCUGGCUUUAGUCAGAGGAAAUGGGGCUUAAGAGACAGUUUGUUUGGGUAUCACCAAAAUCUACGAUAAAUAAUGCAUUAUCUUCAAUAAAA